AUGAAGCUCCACCACGCGACCCUGGGCGCUCUGCUUCUUCUGCUGCUGGCUGGCUGCAGUGGCAUGCUCAAGACCUCUGCCAUCGACCUGCGGACCUUCAUUGGCUGUGCUGUGCGUGAGUUCACUUUCCUGGCCAAGAAACCCGGCUGCAGGGGGCUGCGGGUGACAACGGAUGCGUGCUGGGGACGCUGCGAGACCUGGGAGAAACCAGUGCUGGAACCACCUUACAUUGAAUCUUACCACCGUGUCUGCACCUACAAUGAGACCAAGAUGAUGACAGUGAAGCUGCCCAAGUGUGCCCCUGGUGUGGAUCCAUUCUACAUCUACCCGGUGGCCAUCCGCUGUGACUGCGACAUCUGCUCCACUGCCACCACUGAAUGCGAGACUGCCUGA